AUACUUGAGGAUGCAUUUUUCAAUUUUCUUCUGCCUUCGAUGGAGAAGGAAGCUAGAUCGUUGCUGACGAGUAGAGCAAAGAGCUGGCUGCUUUCGGAAUAUGGAAAGUUUUUGUGGAAUAAAGUGUCUGUGGGACCAUAUCAACGCAGAGAAAGUGAUGUCGGCUCUGAUGAAGAGCCUAUGCCCAGGGUUAUGGCUUGCUGUUGGGGCCCUGGAAAGCCAGCAACUACUUUUGUGAUGUUGGAUUCGUCGGGAGAGGUUUUGGAUAUCCUGUAUGCUGGGUCUCUCAGCCUUCGUGGACAGAAUGUUAAUGAUGAGCAGCGGAAGAAGAAUGACCAGCAGAGACUGUUAAAAUUCAUGAUGGACCACCAACCACAUGUUGUGGUGCUGGGAGCUGUAAAUCUAUCUUGUACGCGGCUGAAGGAGGAUAUUUAUGAGAUAAUUUUCAAAAUGGUGGAGGAUAAUCCAAGAGAUGUUGGUCAUGAGAUGGAUAAUUUGAACAUAAUAUAUGGAGACGAAACCCUUCCACAUCUCUAUGAGAAUUCCCGCAUUUCAGUUGACCAGCUCCCUGGGCAGUCAGGUAUUGUGAGGCGCGCUGUGGCACUGGGACGUUAUCUUCAAAAUCCUUUAGCAAUGAUAGCGACAUUGUGUGGACCAGGCAAGGAGAUUUUAUCUUGGAAGCUGAGUACUUUAGAUAGUUUUCUUACAUCAGAUGAGAAGUAUGGGAUGGUUGAACAGGUUAUGGUUGAUGUAACUAACCAGGUGGGUGUUGAUCUUAAUUUGGCUAUAAGUCAUGAAUGGUUGUUUGCCCCUCUGCAAUUUAUUUCGGGGCUAGGUCCCAGAAAGGCAGCAUCUCUUCAAAGAUCCUUGGUAAGACAGCAGACAAUCUUCACUAGGAAGGAUCUCUUGACUGAACAUCAUCUUGGUAAAAAGGUAUUUGUGAAUGCAGUUGGCUUCUUGCGAGUAAGGCGUAGUGGAUACACUGCUAACAGUAAUACAUAUAUUGACUUGUUGGAUGAUACAAGGAUCCACCCAGAAUCCUAUGGUCUUGCACAGGAGUUGGCCAAAGAUAUUUAUCUUAAUGAUAUCGGUGAAGAAAAUAAUGAUGAUGAUGAACUGCUUGAAAUGGCAAUAGAGCAUGUUAGAGAGAAGCCACAUCUGGCGAGGUUGCUUGAAGUUCCAAACUACGCCAAAGCCAAAGAUCGUCAGGACAAAGAGGAAACUCUUAACGAUAUAAGGUUAGAGCUGAUGCAAGGGUUUCAAGAUUGGCGUAGACAGUAUGUGGAGCCAAGCCAGGAUGAGGAGUUCUAUAUGAUUUCUGGCGAGUCUGAGGAGACACUUUCCGAGGGAAGAAUUGUGCAGGCAACAGUUCGCCGAGUUCAACCUCAGAAAGCUAUCUGUGCUCUCGAGUCUGGAUUGACUGGCAUUCUUACCAAAGAAGAUUCUUCAGAUGAUUGGAGAGAGGUCAAUGAUUUGACUGAAAAAAUGCGUGAAGGUGAUAUCUUAACUUGCAGAAUCAAGUCGAUCCAAAAAAAUAGGUACCAGGUUUUCCUUAGCUGUAAAGAGAAUGAUAUGAGAAAUAAUAGGUAUCAGAAUAAUCAGAACUUGGAUCCAUACUACCAUGAAGAUCGCAGUAGUUUACAGGCUGAAAAGGAUAAAGCUCGUAAAGAAAAGGAGCUCGCAAAGAAGCAUUUCAAGCCAAGGAUGAUAGUUCAUCCUCGAUUCAAAAAUAUAACGGCAGAUGAAGCAAUGGAGUUCUUGUCGGACAAGGAACCGGGUGAAAGUAUCGUACGUCCCAGCUCACGCGGACCAUCUUAUUUGACUUUAACUCUCAAAGUGUACGAUGGAGUUUAUGCUCACAAGGAUAUUGUGGAAGGUGGAAAGGAACAUAAGGACAUAACAAGCUUGCUCCGUAUCGGAAAAACAUUGAAAAUAGGAGAGGAUACUUUUGAGGAUUUAGAUGAGGUAAUGGAUCGGUAUGUCGAUCCAUUAGUAGCUCAUUUGAAAGCAAUGCUGAAUUACCGCAAGUUUAGGAAGGGAACAAAGGCAGAAGUUGAUGAACUUUUGAGAAUUGAGAAAUCUGAGUACCCUAUGAGGAUUGUCUAUAGCUUUGGUAUUUCUCAUGAACACCCUGGGACAUUCAUUUUGACUUAUAUACGGAGUUCCAACCCGCACCAUGAGUAUGUUGGUCUGUAUCCGAAAGGAUUUAAAUUCCGCAAGAGGAUGUUUGAAGAUAUUGAUCGCCUUGUGGCAUAUUUUCAAAGACAUAUUGAUGAUCCCCAUGACUCUGCACCAUCAAUACGAUCAGUUGCAGCGAUGGUACCUAUGCGCAGCCCUGCAGGUGGGGGCUCAGGAUUUGGUGGCGGUUGGGGUGGUUCAUCCAAUGAUAGUGGUCGAAGAGGUGGUCAGUCUGGGGACAGAGAUUCUAGACCAGGUAGAAAUGACUACAGAAAUCGAAGCAGUCAGGAUGAUCCAAGUGGAUUGCCGCCCAGGCCCUAUGGUGGUGGUGGGCGUGGGCGUGGUCGUGGACGUGGUCGGGGAACAUAUGGACGUGGUAGAGGAAAUAACGAUAAUGACGGGCAAGAUUCAGAUUAUGGCACUCAAAAGUGGGGUUCUAAGGAAGGUGGGGGAGGAUGGGGUGCAGAAGUCCAAAAUUCACCUGCUAGAGACACUUUCUCUGGUGGUUGGAGUGGUGGUGGAAGUGGUGCCGGAGGUGGUAGCGGAGACGGAGGUGGUUGGGGUGCUAGUGGUAGUGGUGGUGGUGGCUGGGGGCAGGAUACCGGUGGUCAGUCCGAUGAUUCUGGCUGGGGUGGCGGUAAAAAGGGUUCACAGUCCGGUGGCAGCGGAGGGUGGUGACUGUAUCUAUGAUCACAGCAAUUCAUUCGAUCAAGUAAUUCGUACUUAUGCAGCCCUUUGGAUGUAUAACCACUGACUUGUUUUCUUUUUGCAAACAUUGUUAUCCAGGUUUCAAUUUUGCAUUCUGGAAUUGAAUUGCUAAGUGUAGCAUCUUUGUAAUUAUGCCUCUAUGUCCGUCCUCAUAAUGUUUUCCCUUCCCUGUCAAAGAUUCUACUGUUAUUUUUACUGUUUUAUGCUCUACCCAAAAAUCAAAUUGAUUUUGCA